AUGGGCUGGUUAUGGUCAUCUUCGGCUCCUGCCACAUCUUCUCCUCAGCAGAAUGACUCUCCAAUUACAUCUGAGUCUUCGACACAAUCACCGCCAUCAACCUCAAAUGCUCCACCCUCUGAAAAGCUAGCCUCUCGCGAUGAUCUCGCAGAGCAAGAACUCGCCAAAUUUCUUCAAGAACUAGACGCCGAUAUCCGCCCCAGCAGCACAAAGUACAAUCGAGUACCCCGAAACGCACCUUCCUCCACCCAUCAAUCGCAAACCCAAUCCUCCUCCUCCCAGAAUACAGAUGCAGCCAACAAGCCACUGGCAGAGCAAUUGCUGCCUACAACAAUGAGCUGCCGUACAGCAUUCGACGAAGCCUUUUACUGCAAUUCUUUUGGAGGCAGAUGGAAUGAUCUAUACCGAUAUGGAACACUAAAGUCAUGUUCGGACCAAUGGAACAAUUUUUGGUUCUGUAUGCGGACGAGGACGUAUGGAGAUAAGCAGAAGGAGGCUGCGGUCAGGGAACAUUAUAGGCAGAGGGAGAGCUCUAAAUACUCCAAGGAGCUUGGGAAGGAGAGUAGUGAGGAUGUUUGGAAGAGUCGGGAUAAGAAAGUUGAAUGGGGCGAGGCGUUCAUUGCGCCGUUCCCUGGUUUUUCUGGAACUGAUGAGGAGUGGAGGCAGAGAGAGUUAGACAGGAGAAGGGGCAAAGUUGAUGGAAGCAUGGGCUGA